AUGCUCAAAAAAGCAUUUACCUCAAUAAGUGAUAAAUUGACCUUAACACCUACAGAAAGGCUGCUUAAAGAAGCAAUAAAUGAUGAAGAAGCAGGGGUUCCUUCAAGCACGCUAUAUAAGAUAGCAGAAUUAACUUCACAGCCUUUCGAGUACCCAAUUGUUAUGAGACACAUAUGGGAUUCGCUGAAAUCCUCAAAUAAACAAUGAAGAAAAAUUCUUACUCCCCCCCCCCCUCCGUGAGCGAACAAAACCAUUAGAAAAAUCGCCAUUUUUUGACCAAAAACCCACCCUCCGUGAGUGAACAAAAAUUUUUUUAAUAGAAAAAAUUUUAAUGGAAAAAAAUUUUGAUAUAUAAGUGAUAAUUAGUAUAAUGAAAUCUAGAGCUAAUUCUGUUUAAUUUUAAACAAAUUGCGUUUUAAAACAUAAAUUUUGCAAAUUAAAUUAAUAUUUGCUUCCCAAUUUUUGCAAAUUAGGAUUUUUUUAAAUUUCGAAAAAAAUAUUUUUUAUAAAAUUUAUAUAUAAAUUUUUUUUAAAAAAAAAAAUUAAACCCCCCUCCGUGAGCGAACAAAAUUUUUUUGUUCGCUCACGGAGGGGGGGGGGGGAGUUAAAACGUUCCAGGCUAUGGAAAUUUUAUUCCCUAUAUAAAAAGCUGACCAAUAUUUUUUUUAUAAAAAAAGCUAUAAUAUCCCUAGGGCAUUUCCUUUUAUUUCAGUAUAUUAAAAUUCGGAUCAUCACGAUGUGUACAAGAACUACGAGACCGACUUGAAGAGCUUCGUAGAUUUACCCAAUUUUACGCAGUUGAUAAAGAAGGAAACAGAGUCACUCAAGUGAGUGAAAAAGCAAGAGAAUUGACAAAUAUUUUAUCAGAUUUCUCUUUAAUUGAAACUGAAAGGGAAAAUGCAAGAAAACAAAGAGGAAAGUUUGUUGGGAUUUCUAGUGAAGAAUUUAAAGGGAAAAAAUCAAGCACUGGAGGCUCGGGGAGAAACGAGAAUUAUAUGUGAAAUGCGAGGAGAGAGGAGAAUAAAAUAAUAAGGGAAAAGGAAAGCAGUGGAGGAAGUUCCUUUGCACCUGGAAUUAGAAAUGAUGAAACUAGGACAGAAAAUGAAAGAAAUCAAGAAUCUUCAACAAGGCUAUCACAAACUCAGCCAAGUGUUAUAGGGCAAAGUAAUCCUCCAGUAUCUCAUCCAAAUCCUCCUCGAGUGCAUCAGCAACCUCAAACAAGUAUACAUCCUCCUCAAGUUAAUCAGCCUACACAGAUUGCUCAGCCUCCUCAGGUAACUCGACCAAUUUAUACAAAUCCACCAGCUGCUAUAAAUAAGCCAGCUCAAAAAGCUUUUGUUCCAGAUUUUCCACAAGCUCCUGUUGAAGUUUCAAAUCCUUAUAUGCAGAGACCUCAAGAAGCAAUCCAAGUUCAAAAUAGUCCUCACUCCCCCCCCCCCUUUAAAUUGGAACAAAAUAUCGGUAAAGUUUCCACUUUUUUGGUAAAUUACCCCCCCUUUAAAUUGGAACAAAAUUGAAUUUUAUAAUAAAACAUUAUAUAUAAUUUUUAUCUAAAAAGUUUUGAUAUAAGUUAAAUAUUUCUUCUUAACUAAAAUUAAAAAUUUAGUUAUAUCUUGCUCUUUUUUAAAGAACAAAGUAUAAAGAGCAUCUUAUUUAAAUAAAUUUAUUAUCCUUAAUUGCUAAAUUUUAAAUAAAAAUUUUCAAAAAAAUUUUUGUUUUUUUUGAUAAAAAUGAUAUUUUUAUUUUGGAUAGUUUUGAUAUAAAUUCAAUAGGAAUUCUUUAUAAAAUUUCAAAAUUUACUUAUUUCUUGCUUUAUUUUAAAGAAUAAAGUAUAAAUAACAUCUUAUUUAAACAAAAUUAGCACUUUGAUCGAUAAAUUUUCUAAAAUUUUUUUUUUUUUUUUAAUUUGUGUAAAUAAUUUUGAUACCAAUUAAUAUUGGCGUAUUAACUAAUAAUGAAAAUUUAGUUAUAUCUUGCUUUGUUUUAAAGGAUAAAGAGUAAAUAGCAUUUUAUUAAACAAAUUUAUUGAUCUAAUUCGAUAUGUUUUUGAAAUUUUUUUUUUAUAAAAAAAAUUUUAUAUUGAUAUUUUUUUUUUAAAAAAAAAAUUAUUAACCCCCCUUUAAAUUGGAACAAAAUUUUUAGUUCCAAUUUAAAGGGGGGGGGAGUCAGCAAUUUCCCCAGCCUCCUUUAUCUUCGCCACAAUAUCAACAAUAUCCAGCAACUAAUAUAAACCCUCCUCAAAGCUAUUCCCAGCCUCAAUCUUAUCCUUCUCAGACUCAAUCUUAUCCUUCUCAGCCUCAAUCUUAUCCUUCUCAGCCUCAAUCUUAUCCUUCUCAGCCUCAAUCUUAUCCUCUUCAGCCUCAAUCUUAUCCUCCUCAGCCACAAUCUUAUCCUCCUCAACCACAAUCUUACCCUCCCCAGCCACAAUCUUACCCUCCUCAGCCACAAUCUUAUCCUCCUCAGUCACAACCCUACCAACCCAAUAUUCCUCAAAACCAAUAUUCACAAUCAUCAAACUCUCCUAUGCCUCAAUAUAAUCCCAGCAUACAGAGUCCUUAUCAGCCAUAUUAUUCUCCUCCAACAAAUCAGCCUCCCCCAAUUUAUUCAAGUCCUCAGCUACCAUACAAUAAUCAGCCAAAUUAUGGCUACUUAACUUAACUUAUUAUCUGGUAUUUAAGGUGCCUAGUGCCGCAUUCCCAUGGGGAAAUAUGGCUAAACUAGUGACAUCACCGAGCCAUCUUGGAAUCGCGGUGGUCAGAAAACUGGCUAAGCCUUCUAUCAACGCUAAUCUCCAGCCGCCUUCACGUCUCGCCCGGCGCGUUGCCGUCGCUUGCUCGGACUCAGCUCUGAGCGUGUUCCGCCUAAAGGUCAUCUUCCCUUGGAGAUGUGCUGAGAGGUAAAACUCUGAGCCUCUUGAAUGCACUGAGGAGUUGUUCCUUUGGUUAUCCCCAAAGUUAAACAGAUAUUGCUGUGCAGAAGUCUAUAGAGAAAACCCAACCCCAUAAAUAAAAUUCAAUGAGGGAGAGAAAAUUAGCAGUGCUAAAUUCUCUCAAACCGAAUGCCAUUUUAUUUAUGCCAAAUUAUGGUUACAAUCAGCCACCACAACAAUCAAGAAUAGUAAAGCAUAAUAUGGAUGGCCAAAUAAAUAUUCCUGAUGUCCAAUUCAACCAAAAUACGAAAAAAAUUGAUCCUCAGCAAGCGAUAACAACUCCAGUUGAUUUGAAUUCUUUAAUAAACCUGGAUAUAGGCAUAUCCUGUAAAUAGCCCGAUAUCGGCUAGGGAUAGAGGCCAAAACUUCCCACUUGGUUUGGCCAAAAUGGGCUGGUCGAACCAAGUCAUAUGAGACUAUUUACAGGAUAUGCCUAUAAUUUAGAUUCAAAGUAA